AUGGAGUUAGGAAAUGACACCACAGUAAAAGAAUUUAUAUUUCUGGGACUUACUCAGUCCCAAGACCUGAGUGUGGUCUUAUUUAUCAUUCUGUGUUUUGUAUACAUGACGACUCUGCUGGGAAACCUCCUUAUCCUGGUCACUGUGACCUGUGAGUCCCGCCUUCACACCCCCAUGUACUUGCUGCUCCGCAACCUAGCCAUCCUUGACAUCUGCUUCUCCUCCAUCACGGCUCCUAAGGUCUUGGUGGACCUUCUGUCAAAGAAGAAGACCAUUUCCUACGUAGGCUGCAUGACACAGAUGUUCUUCUUCCACCUCCUUGGUGGGGCAGACAUUUUCUCCCUCUCUGUCAUGGCUUUUGAUCGCUACAUGGCCAUCUCCAAGCCCCUGCAUUAUGUGACCAUUAUGAGUAGGGGGAGAUGCACUGCCCUCAUCAUGGCCUCCUGGGUGGGGGGCUUCAUCCACUCCAUUGUGCAGAUCUCCCUUUUGCUUCCGCUGCCCUUCUGUGGACCCAAUGUUCUUGACACCUUCUACUGUGACGUCCCCCAGGUCCUCAAACUCGCCUGUACUGAUACCUUCACUCUAGAGCUCCUGAUGAUUUCCAACAAUGGCCUGGUCACUACCCUGUGGUUUAUCUUCCUGCUUGUGUCCUACACAGUCAUCCUGAUGAUGCUGAGGUCCCAGGUAGGGGAGGGCAGGAGGAAAGCCAUCUCCACCUGCACCUCCCACAUCACUGUGGUGACCCUGCACUUUGUGCCCUGCAUCUAUGUCUAUGCCAGGCCCUUCACUGCCCUCCCAACAGAUAAGGCCAUCUCCAUCAUCUUCACUGUCAUCUCCCCUCUGCUGAACCCCUUGAUCUACACUCUGAGGAAUCAGGAAAUGAAGUCAGCCAUGGGGAGACUGAAGAGAAGACUCCUGCCUUUUGAAAGAGAGUAG